AAGCAGUCCGCACCGGGGGCUUCUGGGAAACCGCUUGUCAGCGGCGUUUCUGCGUCUGCACUGGACAGCAAAGCUGCUGCGGUUCCUGAGCCAAAGGAAUAGUUGUGAAUAAAAGGGAUAUUUUCCUAAGGCUUAUAUCCUGCCUUGAUUCUUGUUCCUUGAAGUAUUAUAAAUCAGGAUGUCUGCUCAGUCAGUGGAAGAAGAUUCAAUACUUAUCAUCCCAAAUCCAGAUGAAGAGGAAAAAAUUCUGAGAGUGAAACUGGAGGAGGAUCCUGAUGGUGAAGAGGGAUCAAGUAUUACCUGGAACCAUCUCCCUGACCCAGAGGUCUUCCGGCAGCGAUUCAGGCAGUUUGGAUAUCAGGAUUCACCAGGGCCCCGCGAGGCUGUGAGUCAGCUCCGAGAACUUUGCCGUCUGUGGCUGAGGCCUGAGACGCACACAAAGGAACAAAUCUUGGAGCUGGUUGUGCUGGAGCAGUUUAUUGCCAUCCUACCCAAGGAGUUACAGACUUGGGUUCGAGAGCAACAUCCAGAGAAUGGAGAGGAGGCAGUGACAGUACUGGAGGAUUUAGAGAGUGAACUGGAUGACCCUGGACAGACGGUUUCUCUCCGUCAGCGGAAACGGGAAGUGCUGGUAGAGGAGAUAGUAUCUCAAGAAGCAGCUCAGGAAUUACCGAGUUCUGAGCUUGAUGCUGUGGAGAACCAGCUCAAGUGGGCAUCCUGGGAACUCCAUUCCCUAAGGCACUGUGAUGAUGAUGCUAGGAUUGAAAAUGGAGCACUAGCUCCAAAACAGGAAAUUCCUUCAGCAGUAGAAUCUCAUGAAGUUCCUGGCGCUCUUAAUAUAGGUGUUCCUCAAAUUUUUAAAUAUGGAGAAACCUGUUUCCCCAAGGGGAGGUUUGAAAGAAAGAGAAAUCCCUCUCGAAAGAAACAACAUAUAUGUGAUGAAUGUGGAAAACACUUCAGUCAAGGCUCCGCCCUUAUUCUUCAUCAAAGAAUCCACAGUGGGGAGAAACCUUAUGGAUGUGUUGAAUGUGGAAAAGCAUUCAGCAGAAGUUCCAUCCUUGUGCAACACCAGAGAGUCCAUACUGGAGAAAAACCUUACAAGUGUCUUGAAUGUGGGAAAGCCUUUAGCCAGAAUUCUGGGCUUAUUAAUCAUCAGAGAAUCCAUACUGGGGAGAAACCUUAUGAAUGUGUUCAGUGUGGGAAAUCCUAUAGUCAAAGCUCAAAUCUUUUUAGACAUCAGAGAAGACAUAAUGCAGAAAAACUUCUGAAUGUUGUGAAAGUUUAAAAAAUUACAAAAAAAAAAAAAAUCAGCACUCAGGUCUUUUUUCUUCAGAAAUGAAGGUAAAAUUGAAAAACAUGAAGUGAUACAUAGUAGUUUUUUCCCUACUGACUGUCAGAAAAUCCACUGGGAAAUAAAAAAAAAUCUUCACUUACCAUUAUUAUUUUAUCUUGAAAGAAAUGGUGUUAAACCUGCCUAGAAACUGAAAAUUUAAACUUAAUUCAGGUGUUAAUGCCUAGAUUUUCCAUGUGAUGUUUAUACGCUCUUAUUUUUUUCCCCAAAUAAUGAACUACCUAAUUC